AUGCUGCUCAUGCUCAAUGCGAUCAUGUAUGCUGGGCAGCUUCGCAGGACAAAUGAUGCUGCUGUACUUGGAGACCAGCGUGAGAUGAUUCAAUUACUUCUCAAAGACAAACAAGAGAGUGAGGCAAAAUACUAUGACCUGACAAGAUCUAUUGAGAUGGUCCACAUCAACGACCGUGCAAAUAUAGAAGAUAAGGGUGCAACAGCAAUGUUCACGGCAGCACAGUCAACAGACACCCCGAAAUUCAAGACCGGAGAAACAUUUCCGAGGAUGUCCCAAGCUGAGCGAGUAGCCAUGCAAAAGGACUUGAAAUCAUAUCGUCAGCUAAUCCAAAGUUUUAUCAAUUAUAUUGAUAUGUGCCAGUCAAGUUUGGAGGACACUCGACAUCUGAGAAUAAGAAAUGGCGUUAUGAACCUGCAUUUAGCCGAAAUUGAGGAAUACCGGAAAAAUCAAGAUCCUCACGUAGUUCAGGCACUCAAAAGAAUGGUUUCCACCAUCCAGAGUUCAAGCUAUGAGGUCUUGCAGAGUUGUGACGAAGACGAUGAAGAGGAAGAAUACGACUACUACGAAGAUGAUGAUGGGGAGGAUGGAGAGGAUGAAGAUGGAGACGAACCAGAAUUGCUUUCCAAUCAAGACAAGAGUCAAACUCGCUACUGCAGAUGCUCCUUUUCUCACGCGGUCCAUUGCCCUAGUCGAGCUGAAUCUGCCGAUGAAGAAUUCAUUCGAGGUCGAACCCGAAACAGAUCGCCACCAGGCUUGAUCGGUGCCAAUCGUCCUGGCUUCGCUGAGCGGCAGCGAACUCGUUCACGGUCACCGCGUUCUCGAAGCCGAGUCCAUAGAAAAACCCCCGUGGUUGCGGCGGGUCUAGGUACUGCUGCUAUAGCCAGUUUAUACGAGAGGGGGAAACAACAGAGUCGAAGUUCUGAGAUUCCUAUCCAGGAUGGUGAAAAGAAGCCUGUCUUCGAAACAGUGGAAGAGUUGAUUUUAAAUUGGACAGCAUUGACAGUAGAUGAGAUGUAG